GCCCCGGCUCCCGCAGCACCCACCGCCCGCACCCUGCCGGGCUCUGGGGGACCCCCAAACCCACCCCCCCUGGGGCCAUGGGCAUCCAGGGCAUGGAGCUGUGCGCCGUGGCCGUGGUCAUCCUGCUCUUCAUCGCCGUGCUCAAGCAGUUCGGCAUCCUGGAGCCCAUCUCCGUGGAAGACAACAGCGAUGCCGACGUGGAGCUCCUGACCAUCCGGCACCAACCCGAGGGGCUGGAGCAGCUCCUGGCCCGGACCAAAUUCACCAAGAUGGAGCUUCAGUCCCUCUACCGCGGCUUCAAGAACGAAUGCCCCAGCGGCCUCGUGGACGAGGAAACCUUCACCCUCAUCUACUCACGGUUCUUCCCCCAAGGCGACGCCACUUCCUACGCCCACUUCUUGUUCGACGCCUUCGACGCCGACCACAACGGCGCUCUGUGCUUCCAGGAUUUCGCCGUGGGGCUCUCGGUGCUGCUGCGGGGGACGGAGCAGCAGAAGCUGAAGUGGGCGUUCGACCUCUACGACGUGAAUAAGGACGGCUACGUCACCAAGGAGGUGACACUGGGGGACGCCGGGGGGGCUGGCGGGGCGGGGGGCACGCAGAGAGGGACGCGCCGGUGCUCUGUGUGCCCCCAGGACAUGCUGGAGAUCAUCAAGUCCAUCUAUGCCAUGAUGGGGCCCUGCACAGAGCCCGCCCUGCGGGCCAGCGCCCCGGCCCAGCACAUGGAGCUGUUCUUCCAGAAGAUGGACAGGAACGGGGACGGCGUGGUGACCUUCGAGGAGUUCCUGCAGACCUGCCAGGAGGACAAGGACAUCAUGAGCUCCAUGCAGAUCUUCCACAACGUGCUCUAGACCCUGGGACCCCCUGGAGACAGGAGGGGACAAGGACAACGCUGCCACUAGAGCCCCCAGCAUGGCACUGGCACCUGCAAGAUGGACCCAUUUUGGGGGGCUGAGCCCCCCUCGACAAGGACCCCCCGCCCUGGGUGGCACAGGGAGCUGGCACGGGGCAAACAGGACCCCGACACCAGGGCCCCCCAGGGUGGGGACCCCUGGGACAUGGGGACCCCCUGGGAGGGCUCCCUGGGAUGUGGGGACUCCUCAGAG